CUGCCCAGCCAAGAUGGCUGACAGCAUCCCCUUAAAUCCGGUACGGAAGAACUCGAAGAGAAUCCCGUAUUACAACUCAGCCAGACUUUCAAGAUACUCUGUAGAUGAUGAGCCCUCUAGCCUGGAUGAGAUGCCUCUCAUGAUGUCUGAAGAAGGCUUUGAGAAUGAUGAGAGCGACUACCAGACGCUGCCCCGGGCCAGAGUCCACCAGAGACAGCGAGGCCUCGGCUGGUUCCUGUUUGGAGGGUGGAAAGUCCUCUGUGGCAGCUGCUGUGACUGCAUGGCCCAUAUGUGUCGGAGGAAGAAGGAGCUGAAGGCCAGGACGGUUUGGCUCGGCUGCCCGGAGAAAUGUGAAGAGAAGUAUCCCAAAAACGCCAUCAAAAACCAGAAGUACAACAUCUUCACCUUUGUGCCUGGGGUUCUCUACCAGCAGUUCAAGUUCUUCCUCAACCUCUACUUUCUGGUGGUGGCCUGUUCCCAGUUUGUGCCAUCGUUGAAAAUCGGAUAUUUGUACACGUACUGGGCACCGCUGGGUUUUGUGUUAACGGUUACAAUGGUGCGCGAGGCUGUGGACGAAGUGCGACGGUACCAACGGGACAAAGAGAUGAACUCUCAACUCUACAGCAAGCUCACAGUGCGAGGUAAAAUUCAAGUGAAGAGUUCCGACAUACAAGUUGGAGACCUGAUCAUCGUUGAUAAGAACCAAAGGAUUCCUGCAGACAUGAUAUUCCUGAGAACAUCAGAGAAAAAUGGUUCAUGUUUCAUCAGAACAGAUCAGCUGGACGGAGAAACAGACUGGAAGCUGAAGGUUGCUGUCGGCUGCACACAGCGACUACCAGCAGUGGGGGAUCUCUUCUCCAUCAGCGCUUACGUCUACGCCCAGAAGCCCCAGCUGGACAUCCACAGUUUCGAGGGGAACUUCACAAGGGAAGACGCAGAUCCACAGAUCCAUGAAAGUCUGAGUAUUGAACACACUAUCUGGGCCAGCACAGUCGUUGCAUCUGGCACGGUGAUAGGGGUGGUGAUCUACACAGGCAAAGAGACCAGAAGCGUACUGAACACGUCCUCUGCCAAGAACAAGUUUGGCUUACUGGACCUCGAGCUGAACCGCCUCACCAAGGCUCUGUUCCUGGCCCAGGUCAUUCUGUCUGUUGUCAUGGUAGCAGUGCAGGGUUUUGUGGGUCCUUGGUUCCGAAACCUUUUCCGAUUCGUCGUGCUUUUCUCCUACAUUAUCCCCAUCAGUUUGCGUGUAAACCUGGACAUGGGGAAGUCGGCCUACGGCUGGAUGAUUAUGAAAGACGAAAACAUCCCCGGCACUGUUGUGAGAACCAGCACCAUCCCAGAAGAACUGGGCCGGCUAGUCUAUCUGCUGACAGACAAGACGGGCACUCUCACACAGAACGAGAUGGUCUUCAAGCGGCUGCACCUGGGAACAGUAUCCUACGGCACCGACACCAUGGAUGAGAUACAGAGCCACAUCGUCCAGUCGUAUGCACAGGUGACCUCCCAGCCCUCCAAUGGUAGCACCAGUGGCACCACUCCAUCGAGGAAGACCCAGACGUCGGGACCAAAGGUCCGUAAGAGUGUCAGCAGUCGCAUCCACGAGGCUGUGAAGGCCAUCGCCCUGUGCCACAAUGUCACGCCCGUCUAUGAGUCGCACACCAUCGUGAACGGAGAGACGGAGUCUGCUGAAGCCGACCAGGACUUCAGUGAUGACAACCGCACCUACCAGGCCUCCAGCCCCGACGAGGUGGAGCUGGUGCGGUGGACGCAGAGCGUCGGCCUGACCCUGGUGAACAGAGACCUGACCUCCCUGCAGCUGAAGACUCCUUCUGGACAGAUCCUCAACUUCCACAUCCUGCAGAUCUUCCCCUUCACCUCCGAGAGCAAAAGGAUGGGCAUCAUCGUCAGGGAGGAAUCGACCGGCGACAUCACUUUCUACAUGAAGGGUGCUGAUGUUGCCAUGGCGAGCAUUGUCCAGUACAACGACUGGUUGGAAGAAGAGUGUGGGAACAUGGCCAGGGAAGGCCUCAGGACGCUGGUGGUGGCCAAGAAGUCUCUGUCUGAGGAGCAGUAUCAGGACUUUGAGAACCGCUACAACCAGGCGAAGCUGAGUAUCCAUGACCGAGGCCUGAAGGUUGCAGCAGUGGUGGAGAGCUUAGAGAGGGAGAUGGAGCUUCUGUGUCUGACCGGUGUGGAAGACCAACUCCAGGCAGACGUCAGGCCCACUCUGGAGCUGCUCAGGAACGCUGGCAUCAAGAUCUGGAUGCUGACGGGGGAUAAGCUUGAGACGGCGACGUGCAUCGCCAAAAGCUCCCACUUGGUCUCCAGAAACCAAGACAUUCAUGUCUUCAGGCCGAUCUCCAGCAGAGGAGAGGCCCAUCUGGAGCUCAACGCCUUCAGAAGGAAACAUGACUGUGCUCUGGUCAUCUCUGGAGACUCCUUAGAGGUGUGCUUGCGGUAUUACGAGCAUGAGUUUGUCGAGCUGGCGUGUCAGUGUCCAGCGGUGGUGUGCUGUCGCUGCUCCCCGACUCAGAAGGCCCAGAUUGUGACGCUCCUCCAGCAGCACACAGCCAACAGAACCUGUGCCAUAGGUGAUGGAGGAAAUGAUGUCAGUAUGAUCCAGGCUGCAGACUGUGGUAUCGGAAUUGAAGGCAAGGAAGGGAAGCAGGCGUCUCUGGCCGCAGACUUCUCCAUCACUCAGUUUAAGCACAUCGGUCGCCUGCUCAUGGUCCAUGGCAGGAACAGCUACAAGCGCUCUGCAGCGUUGGGUCAGUUCGUCAUGCACAGAGGCAUGAUCAUCUCCACCAUGCAGGCUGUCUUCUCCUCCGUGUUCUACUUCGCCUCUGUGCCCUUGUACCAGGGUUUCCUCAUGGUUGGGUAUGCCACCAUGUACACCAUGUUCCCGGUCUUCUCCCUGGUUCUGGACCAAGAUGUAAAGCCAGAGAUGGCGCUGCUCUACCCAGAGCUUUAUAAAGACCUCACCAAGGGGCGUUCAUUAUCUUUCAAGACUUUCCUCAUUUGGGUUUUGAUCAGCGUGUAUCAAGGUGGCAUCCUCAUGUACGGAGCGCUGGUGCUGUUUGAGUCUGAGUUUGUGCACGUGGUGGCCAUCUCCUUCACGGCGCUCAUCCUGACCGAGCUGCUGAUGGUGGCGCUGACCAUCCGCACCUGGCACUGGCUCAUGGUGGUGGCCGAGUUCUUCAGCCUGGGCUGCUACCUGGCCUCGCUCGCAUUCCUCAACGAGUACUUUGGCAUAGGCAGGGUGUCCUUUGGAGCGUUCCUUGACUUGUCGUUCAUCACCACUUGGCCUUUCCUGUGGAAGGUGUCCGCCAUCACGUUGGUCAGCUGUCUUCCUCUCUACAUUAUCAAAUACCUGAAACGCAAGUUUUCCCCACCGAGCUACUCCAAACUAUCCUCAUGAGCCAAACUGGUGUUUGUUUUGGGAGUGUUCGUGCUUCUCUGAACCUUUUUUUAUAGCACUUUUUUGUUUUACUCGCUGAUCCUCAGUGAUGGAAAGGUGAGGAACCACUGGAACCACUGGAACCACUGGAACAUGGAGAGACAUGAGUUGUUCUUUGGAUCUUGUCACUGAGACUUGGGAUUACUUGAAAAUACUUGGCACAUAAAGAAAGAAGGGCAACAUGGUGUAAGUGACUGCACUUAGAACUUGACCCCAUUUUGCCAGAAAGGGUCACUCUGCCUUCUUUUGUUUUAAAGCAUUUCAAACAAAUCAGCUUCAAAUGUCAUUUUAUACACUUCUGAUACAUUUCUUUUCAUGGUUAAAUUUUUAUAUGUGGACUUCUGAAUUUUUUUAGGUGUUGUUUUAUAUUCUAGAUAUUAAUUACAGUUACUGGCAUUUUUGAACAGUGGAGUUGCUGUAUAAGGGAUAUAAAAAAACCAUCAUUUAUUUUAAUGUUUUCUUAUGUUAUUGUAAAUAAAGCCUUUUACAUGCAGCUCUGAUCCACACUGCUGUCAAUGUAAAACCUCACUGCGUUUAACUCUUUAAAUAAGAACAUUUAUGAUGACAUUCACAAAUGUUGGGACUUCAAACUGGAUUUCUGUGCGUUUGCUGCUUUACGUCCUUUACAUUUUUAAAGACGGUGAAUGACAUCACCAAUCAUAAUCUCCGUAGUAUGAAACCAGCACUCCUUUAAACGUUGUAUUUCAGCAUAUUUGGCCUUGAUCCUACUGCAUAAUUUAACAUUUACGAUGUCUGUCGGUGGCCCCCAGCGCUCCUGCUGGGACAUGGCAGCUCGCUUUGUGCCUCAUUAUGAUGUUAAUGUGCUGAAGCAGCAUCUGGAUGUUUAAACAAUCAGUCAGAGGUUUUUGUUAGCGUUUGUUUUAGUUACCUCCGCAGCCAGAUCUGAACUUCCAGGAGCUUGAGAUUCUCUGAAAGCAUUUUUCUGAAGGUGAAACUACUUUAGAACGAAGGACCCUUGACACAGACAGCUGUAUAUUUUUAGACCUUUAUUGACAAUAUGACUCCCCCGGGCUUCCAUGUGACUGGCCUGUAGCACACGUUGACAUUCAGGGGAAUGAGUUUUAUCAUUCACUCCGUGUACUGCAAGUGUUGAGUACGCUUUGAGCUCAGUGGGAAAAACAGGUGGAAGAACUGAUAUUUGUUAUUAAUGUACAUUUCAGUAAGCAGGAUGUAGUAUAGCUAUGUUUAUUAGUCAGGUUGUCAUUUGUCUCUGAAUGAUGAUUGAGUUUCAGGUUGAUCAUUCCUAAACGUGGCGGUAUUAUUUAGUUUAAAUCGAGGCAACCGUACUAUAAAACGUAGCUACACUAUAAUAAAGACAAAUAGCGGAUGUAGUUAUUUGGGAAAGAGUUGGGAGUAACUGCGACACUUUAAUGCAAUUUGCAUUUAGGUUUUUAAAUUUCUAAUUUACAUUCUAAUGAAGAGAAAUUCCAAAUGUUGUUUUCUGUCGAGAUCUUUGUGUUUGUGAUGUUGUAUAAACGUUUCUUUCUUGUCAACUUGCUUUCCAUGUCCUACACUGCGAUUUCUAACUAUGUCUUUUUAUUUAUGAUAUUGUUAUUGAUUAAUGAAUAAUAAAAGCAGACAACAGAU